UGCCCAAUCAAAGCUGAACUGACCAUUGCUUCCGGCCCGCCCUCUCGCCUGAGGCCGGGGGAGGGCCGGGCCGUAGCUCUAGCCUAGGAGUUCAGGAGCAUCCACUAGGAACCUGCCCCGCCCGGCGUGGGCCCAGCACUGUGGCCAUGCCCACCUCUGUGCUGUGGGCAGUGGACCUCUUCGGGAGAGUGUAUACCUUGUCCACGGCUGGCCAGUGCUGGGAGCUUUGCAAGGAUGUCCAGAUGGAGUUCAAGCGGGUCAGUGCCGCCACUCAGUGCUGCUGGGGCAUCGCCUGCGACAACCAGGUCUACUUGUACGUGUGUUCCAGUGAUGUACCCAUCCGCCACCGAGAGGAGGCCUAUGAGAAUCAGCGUUGGAACCCCAUGGGAGGCUUCUGUGAGAAGCUCCUGCCGAGUGACCGCUGGUCGUGGAGUGACGUGAGUGGGCUCCAGCAUCGGCCGCUGGAUGGGGUAGCACUGCCCUCGCCACACUGGGAAUGGGAAUCAGACUGGUAUGUGGAUGAGAAUUUUGGAGGGGAGCCCACCGAGAAAGGGGGGUGGACAUACGCUAUGGACUUCCCUGCCACCUACACUAGAGACAAGAAGUGGAACUCAUGCGUGAGGAGACGAAAGUGGAUCCGGUACAGGAGAUACAAAUCCCGGGACACCUGGGCCAAGAUUCCCUCAAAGGAUGACCCCAAGGAACUCCCUGACCCUUUCAAUGACCUGUCUGUGGGAGGUUGGGAGAUCACAGAGGAGCCUGUGGGCCGCCUGUCAGUGUGGGCUGUGUCCCUGCAGGGAAAGGUGUGGUACCGAGAGGAUGUCAGCCACCCCAACCCAGAAGGCUCUUCCUGGUCUCUUGUGGAUACCCCAGGGGAGGUGGUUCAGAUCAGCUGUGGGCCCCACGACCUUAUAUGGGCCACCCUCUGGGAGGGGCAAGCCCUGGUCAGAGAAGGAAUCUGCAGGAACAACCCAAAAGGAAGUUCCUGGUCCAUAGUGGAGCCUCCUGGGUCUGAAAAUGGUAUCAUGCACGUCUCCGCGGGAGUCAGUGUGGUCUGGGCCAUCACGAAGGACCGCAAAGUGUGGUUCCGGAGGGGCGUCAAUUCUCACAACCCCUGUGGCACCAGCUGGAUCGAGAUGGUUGGAGAAAUGACAAUGGUGAAUGUGGGGCUGAACGACCAGGUCUGGGGCAUCAGCUGUGAGGACCGAGCUGUGUACUUCCGGCAGGGCGUCACCCCCAGUGAGCUCAGCGGGAAGACAUGGAAGCCCAUCAUUGUGGGCCGAGAAAGUGACCGGUCACACUCUGGCAGCUCAUCCAGUCUCCUCAGCGCUGGCUGCUUCUUCGGUGAUGAGGUGAGGGGCAGUGGUACCGAAUCUGCACCCAGUGAUACUGAUGCCUCCUCAGAAGUGGAGAGACAGGACCCCGAACAAGUUCUCCCCAGAGAAUCUGUGGACAAUUCCAGGAGCCUUAAAGGGAGCUUGUCCAAGGGCCCUGAGACCCGUGGGAGCACUGAGGACACCUUGGAGAACGCCUGCCCGGCCGACAGCAAGAAGGCCCCUGAGGCCUCUGGCGUUGAUGAAUGCCAUGGCCCAGCCUCCACACCAGCUGAGCUACCCUGGACUAACAUUGACUUAAAGGAGCCCAAGAGGGUGUCUAGCCAGCCAUCUGCAGGCUUUCCUGAGACUACAGGCCUCUCCUCCCUGGGGCUCUUCCCACUGGGCAUGGAGGAGCCCUACGUUGCAGAUGACCAUCCUCUGUGGGCCUGGGUGUCUGGAGGGGGAUGUGCAGUGGAGGCCUGCUCUGUGCUCAAGUGGUUCACUGUCCAGUCAGGGCUGUCCCCCUCAGUGCAGUCGCUGUCCCUGUCCAUCACACCUGCCCAGACGGCAGCCUGGAGGAAACAGAUCUUCCAGCAGCUCACAGAGAGGACCAAGAGGGAGCUGGAGAGCUUCAGGCACUACGAGCAGGCCGUGGAGCAGUCGGUGUGGGUGAAGACCGGGUCCCUGCAGUGGUGGUGUGACUGGAAGCCCCACAAAUGGGUGGACGUCCGUGUGGCCCUGGAGCAGUUCACAGGGCAUGACGGGGCUCGAGACAGCAUCCUCUUCAUCUAUUACAUGAUCCACGAGGAAAAGAAGUACCUGCAUGUGUUCCUAAAUGAGGUGACUGUACUGGUCCCCGUGCUUAAUGAAGCCAAGCACUCCUUUGCCCUCUACACCCCCGAGAGGACGAGACAGAGGUGGCCUGUGCGCCUGGCUGCCGCCACAGAGCAAGACAUGAAUGACUGGCUUGCCUUGCUCAGCCUGUCCUGCUGUGAGAGCCGGAAGGUCCACGGACGCCCGUCCCCACAGGCCAUCUGGUCUGUCACCUGCAAGGGUGACAUCUUUGUAAGCGAGCCCAGCCCAGACCUGGAAGCCCGUGAGCACCUGCUACCUUGCGACCAGAUGUUCUGGCGGCAGAUGGGAGGCCACUUGCGGAUUAUAGAGGCCAACAGCCGAGGUGUGGUGUGGGGCAUUGGCUAUGACCACACAGCCUGGGUAUACACUGGCGGCUAUGGCGGAGGUUGCUUCCAAGGCCUGGCCAGCAGCACCAGCAACAUUUAUACACAGUCAGAUGUGAAGAGUGUCUACAUCUAUGAGAACCAGCGUUGGAACCCUGUCACCGGCUAUACCAGCAGGGGGCUGCCCACUGACCGGUACAUGUGGAGUGAUGCUACGGGACUGCAGGAGUGCACCAAGGCGGGCACAAAGCCACCCUCCCUGCAGUGGACCUGGGUCUCUGACUGGUAUGUGGACUUCAGUGUCCCCGGAGGCACCGACCAGGAAGGAUGGCAGUACGCCAGUGACUUCCCUGCCUCUUACCAUGGGUACAAAACCAUGAAGGAUUUUGUCAGGAGAAGGUGCUGGGCCAGAAAAUGCAAGCUGGUGACCAGUGGGCCAUGGCUAGAGGUGGCCCCUAUUGCUCUCAGCGAUGUGUCCAUCAUCCCAGAGAGUGCAGAUGCGGAUGGACGAGGACACCACAUUGCGCUGUGGGCUGUCAGUGACAAGGGGGAUGUCCUGUGCCGUCUGGGUGUAUCUGAACUCAACCCCGCGGGUUCCUCUUGGCUUCACGUUGGCACUGACCAGCCUUUCGCCUCUGUCUCCAUCGGCACCUGCUAUCAGGUGUGGGCUGUGGCCAGGGAUGGUUCCGCAUUCUACCGGGGCUCCGUCUCGCCCUCCCAGCCAGCUGGUGACUGCUGGUACCACAUCCCAUCUCCUCCCAAACAGAAGCUGACACAGGUGUCUGUGGGCCAGACAUCAGUAUAUGCCUUGGAUGAAAAUGGGAACCUGUGGUAUCGAGCAGGGAUCACCCCCAGCUACCCACAAGGCUCCAGCUGGGAGCACGUAUCCAACAAUGUGCGCAAGGUGUCUGUGGGGCCGCUGGACCAGGUCUGGGUAAUUGCCAACAAAGUCCAGGGAAGUCAUGGCCUGAGCCGGGGGACAGUGUGUCAUCGUAUGGGUGUCCAACCUCGGGAGCCCAAAGGGCAGGGCUGGGACUAUGGCAUUGGAGGAGGCUGGGACCACAUCUCUGUCCGAGCCAAUGCCACCAUGGUACCCAGGAACGUGUCCAGGGAACAGGAGGCCCAUGGUCAAGGUCCCGUUUACUGCUGAAGCCUCUCCUCAACCAGAGGCAAGGAUGGUUUGAGCCUGAAGGACUGGAACGGAACUUUUCUUGUGUAGUAUGGGAGGACAUCACCCUGGCCCAGACAUGCACGGGCAGUCAGGCCAAAGUCAGCCAUUUCUGAAGCACUGACAAAAGGCCUAGAGAUGUAACUGGGGGGGGCAGUCCCUCAGGUGUUCCCAGUCUGUGGGGGGUGCUGGAGGGAAGAUGGAAGGAGAUGACCACUGCCUGGGGCCCUCAGCCCUGAUCCCUCCCUGUUACACCUCCCAGCUUUCCAGACCAGGUCCUCAGAGCCCUCCAGAAACUCUGGUCCUAAAGAGGCAGAUCCUGGGAGGGGCCUUCCUCACCUGGAGACCCUAAAUCACCCCCAGGGGAAACAGCUGUGAGGCUCAGGUCUCCAAGCUUCAGUUUGCAGACAACCCUCAUCAGGUUUUCCAAAUGGGGUUUUGCUUCAAAAGUUAAGCCAAGGAGUUGGUGGCUGAUGCCUAUGUGCCGGGCUCUCAGGAGACUGAGGCAGGAGGAUUGUGAGUUUGAGACUACCCAAGACUACCUACAUAGCAAGACUGUCUCACACACACACAAAAAUCUACAUAAAUAAACCAGGCACGAUGGUGCAUGCCUGCAAUCCCAGUACUCUGAAGGCAAGAAGAGCAGGAGUUCAAGGCUAUCCUCAGUACGUUUGAGACCAGCCUGGGCUACAUGAAACCCUGCUUCUGGAACCCGGUGGCUCGUAUCCUGGUUUGGGGUCCCCUCCUGGGGUGCACUGCAAGGUAGUCUCCAUGUAGAGAAUCAGCAUUGUGAGCCCCAGUUUAACUCCUCUUUCAGUUAUGGGGGCGGGGCCUCCUUGCCAGGGAUCUUGUUGCAGGGUGGCCAGGUCUGGGUGGAGGCAGCUUGCACCCUAGACUUGGGUGAGGAAUUCUGUGCCCUGUGGAGAGGGUAUGGCCAGAACUAUCUUAUGCCCCAGGGCUGGGCAGAAGGCGCCUGCUGUCCGGAGAUUAGAGCUCUGGCCUGCCUGUCAUGGCCUAAGCCCUGGCCCCUGGCAUGUGUGCCCCGUAGGUGAUGUCUCAUGUUUCAGACACCGCUCAGGAGCUGCCAGAGCCCCAUCUUUGUUCAUUUGAGACAGGACACACUCACCCCUAACUGGUUUGCCCUGGAGUCCUCCGUGUGAUGUCAUGGUCAGGAAGAGUUCCAUUCUGCAUGAAGGCUGUUCCCAGAAGCUAAGAGGAAACUACUCUGAGGCCCCAUCCCAAUGACAUCUAGGAGCCCCAUGUCCUCAGCAUUUCCAGAGGUGGGACUAGACACAUCCAUGUGCAGAGAGAUGUUCCAGUCACCCUCCUGUCUGCAUGUCAGGAUCAGGUUUCCUAGUGGGCAUCCCGGUUUGUCCCCUAGCAACUGUGACCUAUGUGUUCUGCUGCAGAUGGCUCUCAACAGAGCACCACAAGGAUGUCACUCUGCCCAUUAGCCAGAGUGACACCUCCUUUUGCCGCUGAGCACCAACUGUUUACCCCCUCAGUCGGACCAAACUGUCUAGGCUCCACAGAUAUUCUAUUUAAUAAAAAUUUAUACCAUGGCA